AGAGAGCCUGCCUUUCACUAGAGAGCUUUCCCCCUGCUCGUUCUUGUAGGUACUUACAGCCUGCCAUGUUUUGUCCUUUCUUUUGUGUUUUGUGCGUGCGCUUUUUCCUGCAGGGAGAAAAUAGGAGGUGAAUCGUAUAACCUUUCAGCAACCUUCUGUUAAAGUUGGAGUGCUGCAGUUCAAGCAACUGAACAGAUGGAUAAUGGAGACUGGGGAUAUAUGAUGACUGAUCCAGUCACACUAAAUGUGGGUGGACACAUGUAUACGACAUCCCUCACAACUCUAACGAGAUAUCCCGACUCAAUGCUUGGGGCCAUGUUCAGGGGAGACUUCCCCACUGCCAGGGACUCUCAGGGCAAUUACUUCAUUGACAGAGACGGACCACUUUUCCGCUAUGUUCUUAAUUUUUUAAGGACCUCAGAGCUGACUUUGCCCCUGGACUUUAAGGAGUUUGAUCUACUUCGGAAAGAAGCGGACUUCUACCAGAUUGAACCACUAAUUCAGUGUCUUAAUGACCCCAAGCCGCUGUAUCCUGUGGAUACCUUUGAGGAAGUGGUAGAGCUGUCCAGCACUCGGAAGCUUUCCAAGUACUCCAACCCCGUGGCUGUAAUCAUCACUCAACUAACUAUCACAACAAAAGUCCAUUCACUCCUGGAGGGCAUUUCAAACCACUUCACCAAGUGGAAUAAGCAUAUGAUGGACACCAGGGACUGCCAGGUUUCCUUCACUUUUGGGCCGUGCGACUACCACCAGGAAGUGUCGCUGCGGGUGCACCUGAUGGAGUACAUCACAAAGCAGGGCUUCACCAUCAGGAACACGAGAGUCCACCACAUGAGCGAGCGUGCCAAUGAAAACACAGUGGAGCAUAACUGGACUUUCUGUAGACUGGCACGGAAAACAGAUGACUGAUUCCAACUCUACAGGAGCCAUUUCAGUGGGCAGCAACUCAGUUGAACAAUAAACCUGAGAAAGGCUGGAUUUUGGUGAAAGAAACAAUGUGGGCUUUUUUUUUUUUUUUUUUCCUUUUUAUACAAUUAUUUAUUGUUAACCUUUAAGGACUGGAGGAGUUUCAUUCUCUAGCAGCUCUGUCUCUUUGUCCUGUCCAGAAAAAAAAAAAAAAACAUGCAUGUGCCUGUUGAGUCGAGACACCUUUUUUUGUUUGAAAGAGGGAGUCGAAGAUUUAGUACAAUAGGGUAUUUUGUGUCAUUAACACAAUUCUGACGCAACUUAAAGUGCUAAAAUUACCUCUGUUUAAAUAGUUUCUAAUCCUUUUAAUGCUAUGCCACUGGGAGUAAGAAACAAACAGAAUUUAAAAUGCAGGUGGAGAAAAGCUGCUAUCAUGUAGACUAAUUUAGUUUCUAAAUCAAUAAACAGUAUUGUAAUAUUCUAGGAAAACAGAUCCCACCCUUUAAAAGUACUUGAUAAGUACAGUUUCUUACAGUUAUGAUAACUGUUUCUUUCUAUGCAUAUAAAUCAAGCAACCAAAUAUUAUCUGUAGCCAUGGAAAUAUAAUUAGAAAUAUUUAUAUUGGAUUCUGAAUGCAAAAUGUCCCUGUGGUAGAAUUCAUAUUUUUAAUGCCUGGUGCAAUAUUAUUCCCAAAUGUAAUGCCUGCCAGCAAGAAGCUAAUA